AAAGGCCCUCACCCACUAAGAUCCAAGGGCCCCCAAUCACUUAGAUCCAAGGGCCCUCAAUCACUUAGAUCCAAAGGCCCCCACUCACUUAUUUCCAAGGGCCCUCACCCACUUAGGUUCAAGGGCCCUCACCAACUUAGAUCCAAGGGCCCUCACUCACUGAGAUCCACGGGCCCUCACUCAUUUAGGUCAAUGGGCCCUCACUCAAUCAGAUCCAAGAGGCCUCAGUCACUUAGAUCCAAAGGCCCUCACCCACUAAGAUCCAAGGGCCCUCACUCACUUGGAUCCAAAGGCCCUCACUCAGUUAGGUUCAAGGGCCCUCGCCCACUUAGAUCCAAGGGCCCUCACUCACUUAGAUGCAAAGGUCCUCACUCAUCACUUAGAUCCAAAGGCCCUCACCCACUAAGAUCCAAGGGCCCUCACUCACUUGGAUCCAAAGGCCCUCACUCAGUUAGGUUCAAGGGCCCUCGCCCACUUAGAUCCAAGGGCCCUCACUCACUUAGAUGCAAAGGCCCUCACUCAUCACUUAGAUCCAAAGGCCCUCACCCACUAAGAUCCAAGGGCCCUCACUCACUUGGAUCCAAAGGCCCUCACUCAGUUAGAUCCAAGGGCCCUCACUUACUUAAGACCACUGGCCCUCACUCACCUAGAUCCAAGGGCCCCUACUCACUUAGGCCCAAGGGCCACCACUCACUUAGGUCUAAGGGCCCUCACUCACUUAGGUCCAUGGGCCCUCACCCACUUAGAUUUAAAGGCCCCUACUCACUUCAGUCCAAGGGCCCUUACCCACAUAGGUGCAUGGGCCCUCACCCAUUUAGAUUCAAAGGCCCCCACUCACUUCAGUCCAAGGGCCCUUACCCACUUAGUUCCAAGGGCCCUCACUCAUUUAGAUCCAAAGGCCCUCACUCACUUCGGUCCAAGGGCCCUCACUCAGUUAGGUCCAAGGGCCCUUACCAACGAAGGUCCAAAGGCCCUCAUUCACUUAGAUUCAAGGACCCUCACUCACUUAGAUCCAAGGGCCCUCACUCACUUAGAUCCAAAGGCCCUCACUCACUUAGAUCCAAAGGCCCUCACUCAGUUAGGUUCAAGGGCCCUCGCCCACUUAGAUCCAAGGGCCCUCAAAUACUUAGGUCCAAGGGCCCUCACUCACUUAGAUCCAACGGCCCUCAUUCAUUUAGGUCCAAAGGCCCCCACUCACUUAGAUCCAAAGGCCCUCACUCACUUCGGUCCAAGGGCCCUCACUCAGUUAGGUCCAUCGGCCCUGAUUCAUUUACGUCCACGGGCCCCCACUCAGUUAGGUCCAAGGGCCCUCACCCACUUAGAUUCAAGGGCCCUUACUCACUUAAGUCCAAGGGCCCUUACCUACUUAGGUCCAACGGCCCUCACUCAAUUAGAUCCAAGGGCCCGCAUUCACUUAAGUCCAAGCCGCCCUCACUCACUUGGGUCCAAAGCCCUCACUCACUUAGUUCCAAGGGCCCUCACCCACUUAGUUCCAAGGGCCCUCACCCACUUAUAUCCAAGGGCCCUCACUCACUUAGCUCCAAAGGCCCUCACUCAGUUAGGUCCAAGGGCCCAACCAACUUAGAUCCAAGGCCCUCACUCACUUAG